UGUUUUUCAAUAUUUUUUUUAGAUUUAUUUCAAAUUGUUCAUUAUCGUUUACAUUGGUCAUAAAAAUCAACUUAUAGAUCAGGAAUCUAAUAAUCUAAUAUUCUAGUGACAAAAGGCAAUGGCCAUCAAUGCUGCAAAACAAUUGUUAGAUGAACUUAUGGGUCGUGAACGUGAUCUAGCGCCAAAUGAUAAACGUUGUAUGCUUAAUUGGGAUGAUCAAACCGUUUGUAAACAUUUCUUGGUAAAGUUUUGUCCAAAUGCAUUAUUCAUCAAUACCAAAGCUGAUAUUGGUCCGUGUGCACUAGUACAUGAUGAUUACCUAAAACGUCAAUAUCAAUCCAAAGCAACUAAGCUGGAAAAACGACAAUACGAAGAUGAUUUCAUUCGAUUUUGCCAGGCUCAAUUGAAUGAUGUUGAAAAGAAAAUAAAACGCGCUAAACAACGUUUAGAGAUGAGCCAAAUAGAAAAGAUGAAUAUAGCAGGUAAUUCGUGUCCGCUUAAUGAAGAACAUCAAGAACGGAUUCGUGAAAUAACGGAAAAAAUCGAGAAACUUUUAGAGGAAAUUCAACAACUUGGUUGCGAAGGCAAAGUUGAAGAAGCGCAAACUUCUAUGAAAGAGGUUGAUCAGUUAAAAGAAGAACGAGCACAAAUUAAACGUGAAAAUCAAUCUGGCCAUUGGAUACAGAAAAAAGCUGAAAUUGGAGUCGCACAAGAAAAACAAAUGGAAGUUUGUGAUGUAUGUGGUGCAUUUUUAAUUGUUAAUGAUGUGCAACAACGUGUAGAUGAUCAUCUUAUGGGUAAACAACAUGUUGGCUAUGGUAAAUUGAAAAAUGCUCUCGAUGAGAUUAUGGAAAAACGUCGUCGUGAUGAAGACGAAAAAGAAGAAUCAAGAUCUUCACGACAUCACGAUAAUCGGGACAAUUAUUAUCGGUAUCGUGAUCGACGAUUAAAUACAUCAUCACGUCGUUCUCGCGAUCAUGAAAGCCAUCAUCAUCGAUCAUCACAUUAUUCUCAUGGCAGCGGCCGUCAUAAUAGGAAUCGAUCUCGUUCUCGAUCGCCUGAUAAAUCUGGACAUCAACAUGAUCGUUCGUCUAGAAAUUCAUUUCAUCGUCAAUCAUCAAACAAUGGUACCACCGCUAAAUAUUAAAUCUUAUUGAUUUCAAAUUUCUUGAUAUUUUUUGAUUCAUUAUAGCCGAAAAAACAUGAAUUACAAAUACAAAUUGACAAACAAAAAUUUGUAAGGAAAAAAGUUGAAAAUUUUGCUUUAAAAACACCAGGUACGGCUUUAUUGAUUUGAUUGAAUGAUUUAGAUGUAAGAAACAAAAUGACAUUUAUUUCCAUAAUUAAUGCUAAUCGAAUUAGGUUGAACUAACAUUUUUUUUCACCAGGCAUAAUCGAAUAGCUGUCAUUUUCAAAUGAUUUUGAAAUUCGACGAACGUCAUUUUUGAACGGUCGAUUUUUUCAAAUGCGAGAAAAAAACCGUUGUGAAUUUUGAGCUGAAGAUUUUUGCCCGCGCUUGGCAUUGAGCACUUUUUGACUCAAAUACAAACAAAACGUUGACGUGAUUCAAUGUUCUAGAUUUUGUUUCAACGAAAAUUUUCAACUUGACGUUUUUCUGGUUUCUAUUAUUAAUUAUCGAUUAUCUAAUCUUUGACUUCAUACGGGAUUCCAGUUUUUUCAGUGAAUAUAAACA